CCCUCACAUUGAGCUUCCGGCGCUCGCGCACCGCGGAGAUGACUUUGAAUCUGGCGAAUAUUUGCGGGAUGCUGCGGCGAUUAUCACAAAACACGGAGAAACGUUUGGUUCCUGCACUGAAACGCUUCCAGAGCUCCAGCAGCAUCAUAUAUCCUGCCAGUUAUGUACCGCAGACGUCACUAUCCAGACCGCCGUGGCCUGAAUUACCUGCAUUUGAUCCUGCAGGCGAGGAGAAACGGCAUCAAGCGGUCGUGCAGAAGGUGAACGGUCUGAUUGAGAACGGAGAGUAUGGACGCUUGUUUGCUGUAGUUCAUUUUGCCAGCCGUCAGUGGAAAGUGACCAAUGAAGACCUGAUCCUCAUCGAAAACCACAUUGAUGCAGCGUGUGGCGACAGGAUAAGAAUGGAGAAGGUGCUGUUAGUUGGAGGAAAUGAUUUCACUCUUGUUGGAAAACCACUUCUCGGCCGUGAUUUAGUACAAGUUCACGCUACAGUCAUUGAGAAGACCGAAUCCUGGCCAAUGGUUCACAUGAGAUUCUGGAAGAGACAUCGAUUCCAAAAAAAGAGAAUCAUUAUUCAGCCGCAGACCGUAUUAAGGAUCAACACCAUUGAUGUUUCACCAAAACUGCUUUAACCUGCUGACAACGUGGUGCAUUUUCCAGUAGAAAUGUGCCAUAAUCAUGAUUUGUCAAGUUUCAUGUUUGAGACCAUUGUAAAUAAUGUUUUCAGAUUGUCUUUAUCAUGUUUGGCUUGAGCAUUGAGUUGCUGCGUAUUAUUGUAUAUAACGGUCUGUUGUAUGUCACAAUAAAUGUGUUUGUGUCAUACAGAUGGAACGAAUCCUUGAGUCUGUUGAGCUAUUAAGACACCGCACCAUGAUCAUUAGUGAUGACAAAAUGAAGUUUUGUGAAGCAGUGAACAUAUAAUUCAAUAAACCUUCAAGCUAGAUGCCAUUUGAAUUUUACGCGUAUAAAUGUAGUCUGUGAGGAGCAGCUAUGAAUUCUGCUUAUUUUAUCAGAUAAUAUCUAACUGAAUAACGCAGAUGAGGUUUUGGCACAUAAACCGUGACUGUAUCUGGAUGUUGUCGACUUAUUAAAAAGCCACGUGUACAGGCUUUGAACAAAAGUGUUUUGAGCGGAUCUUCUGCGUGUUGACUAAUUGAAACACCUUUGAUUGGCCGUCACGUUAAUGUGCUCAACUCUGAUUGGCUAAAAGCAACAGCAGGUAAAAAGAAACUUGACAUGAUGUAAGUAUAAUUGAAUGCUGUGUAAUUGACACUUUAUGACUUUAUAAUUGAAUUAUUUUCAACGUAAAUGCGUCGUUUAACUUGAAUGUGCAGGACUUCCAGUUCCAGUUAUUUUUAGCUGUACAAAAACAGCCCCUUAUUCUGCUUAAUUGCAAAGUGGUAUUUGUUAUCAUAUAUUAUUUUAAUGUAAUAUCAUAAACGUGCUGGUUUGUAGGGCAAUGUUAUUCUUCUAAUUAGGCUACUUACGGCUAAUGAACGGAGUCUCACACAUUCACAGAAAACAGCUUCAUAUAAAUUGUAAUAUUUUUUCCAUUUAAUUAUGCAAACCUGUUUUAAAUAUUAAAGGAUCUGGUCUGAUAUCUGUAUAGAAAAGCUUUGAAAACAUUGGAAACUUGUAAACGUCAAAGAAUGAGUGAGAGGGUCUAAUGAAUUAAAUGUUGUUUGAUCAAGAUCAAAAAGGAUUUAAUUAAAUAUCGUGCUGUGAAACGACAACAAACCCCAAGUCGCUGGCACCCUCUGCAUAAAGAAACCUUUCUAAGUAUUGAUUUAAAUUUGACAUAUUAUUUAUAAUGAUUCAAGAGACUUGCACAGAAAUAAGCAAUAUAACAUCUUCUGGAAAACAAAUAGUUUGUAGUAUAUUGGUAUCUAAAUAAAAUAAGUGAUCUACAAAUGUGCCUUGAUGAACAAGCCUUUAAUGAGCACACCAUUUGUACAUAAUUUGUUCGCAAUGAUGUAAGGUCUUGCUUUCACAAGAAAUACCUCAGGAGUUUAUUAAAACCAAGCCAAAAGCAGAUCUUCCAAAGUCAUUUUACUUUCUAGCUUUAAUAGGAACCCCAUGGCACUGUUGUAUUUAUUAUUAUUAUUAUUAUUAUUAUUUUGUUAACUAUUUCCAUUGCACUUAUAAGAGGGAAUGUCAUGAUCCAAAUAGAAUACUGAAAGUCCUAAAACAUUUUCUGAUCAACUGUUAAUGACUUCUAUUAAUAUGAUAAAAUUGCCUUACAACUCCUUUGUUGUUAUUUAUAGAUCUGUUUUUCAUUUGGUGACUAACUUCGUAACAAAGAAGUCCUAUUUUAGGAUUUCAAAUGAAUAAUACUUAUGAACUUCACUUUACAGGCUUGUUUUAGGACUGAAUUAUGCUGGUAUACCUGUAAAAUGCAACAGACAUCAAGACAUCACAAACAGCUGAAAUGGCAGAUUUGUUUGUCUCAAACUGGUUACCGUUAAUAGGUUUUACUAAUAUUUUACGAGAAUGUAUGGUUCUGUGCUAUGAAAAAAUAUCCUCUAUGAUGCCUGACGUGCAGCGCAGCAGCAAGAGCAGAGAAACGGAUGAAAGCCGCAUCCAAAAUCCUCAAUAUCCCGGAAAAUAAUUUCAGCCUUUUAUACUGUACAAUUUUUCAUAGGGUUCUUUUGUGCAUCAUUCUGACGAAUUCUGACACAAAAUCAGGUCAUGUGCAUCACUUUACAACCCUCAGUCAGUCACUCUUCAUCUCGUUUGGUCCUUUUUGUCAGAUAUAUUAGUCUUUGAUUAUAUACAUAUAUUAUUAUUUCUCUUAUACUCAUGUAGCAUAGUCGUAAUAAUGCUGUGUUGUAGUCAGAGAUUAUUCCAGGUAGAUGUCUUCUGUUGGACACGAGACCUCCACAAACUCCUUAUAGUACAAAUGGAAAGCUUUCCUGUUAAAGAAGACA